AUAAACAAACUGAAAACAAAUUAGGUUUUUUUAAGGCCUGUAGAUUGCACCUGUUACAGGCCCAUUAGGGUUUGGGUUUUAUUAUUGCAUGUGAAAACCCAUUCUAUAUUUCAGUCUUCCGCCGCCGUCUCUUCCUCCUCACUCGGCAUCGCUGCAUUUUCCGAAUCGGAAGCAAGGUAAGUCAAUAACAAUGGUGGAGAAAGCCAAGGGUAGGAAAGAGGAGGUCGUCUCUCGCGAGUACACCAUCAACCUCCACAAACGCUUACAUGGCUGCACGUUUAAGAAGAAGGCUCCUAAUGCGAUUAAGGAGAUAAGGAAAUUUGCGCAGAAGGCGAUGGGAACUAAUGACGUGAGAGUGGAUGUGAAGCUGAACAAGUAUGUCUGGAGUCAGGGGAUCCGGAGUGUUCCCAGGAGGAUUAGGGUUCGCAUUGCUCGCAAGAGGAAUGAUGAUGAGGAUGCCAAAGAAGAGCUGUACUCUCUUGUUACCGUCGUCGAGAUCCCCAAGGAGGAGCUUAAAGGUUUGGGCACUAAGGUUAUUGAUGAUGAGGAUUGAUCAUCUACUUUGAUAUAUCUGUUCGCUUUGAUAUAUCUGUUCGUUAUAGUUGAUUUUGCGUAUUUUAUGAGACAUUGGAAAUAUUUAGUUUGAGAAUAUUGAUAUUUGCGCAUUUUAUAUUUAUCUUUUAACUUGUUGAGACAUGGGGAAUAUUUAGUGCGAGAAUAUUGAUUUUCUGCCCCA